AUAAAGUCUAUAAAAGUGAACUCAAGACGUUGUCAAUGUUUAGUCGAACGAAGGUGGUCGUCGCGAGGUGAGAAGACAGGUGUAUGUUUGGCUCGAUCGCGGUACAGAUUUCAAGGUGCGCGCUCUCCGCGAAGGUGUUCUGGGAACGGGAUUAAGAUCGCUCUGUGCUGCAGUGUUGUGGUGGGGGGCUUUCGGAUUGUGUAUGAAAGUGUUGUUGACAUUGGUGUUUCUGGUGGCUGGCCUGGUCACCCGGUAGACAAUAGUGGACUGUGUGUGUGGGUGGAUAGGAGAAAAGUGAUUCGAAGCAGAGCAGCGGAAGGAAAACUGGUCGAGUUGGUAUCCUUGUAGGGUAGCAGAUUUUAUCAGAAGCGGAGAUUUUCACCACCGAAAUGAAAAUCAUCCAGUCUGUUCUCCUGGUUACGGCGAUCGCCGUCACCGUAGCAUUUCCAACUCCCCAAGAAGAAAAAACGACCUCCAAAACUGCGAAAGAUGAAGAGCAUGUUCCAACGGUACAAAAGAUUGAAAUUCACGUUGAAGUCAAGGCCAUGUCACCGGACGUUAAAAUGCCGGCCACGGUGACCGUAUCGGAAGCUCAUGAGCCUCUAGCAAGUCCCAAGGACAAGAACCUUGAAUCCAAGAAAUCAGAGGACUCAGUGCAGGUUACUAAGGCUUCAGAAACCUCGAAGCCGUCAGAAACUGUUGAGCUGCACAAGAUAAAGAAAAUACAGGUGGUCGUACAACCAACACCAGCUGAGGAAAGCGUAGCGAAAAAGAGUGAUGUUAAAUCAGAUGUUGAAGGUACAUCGGAAAAAGUCGAGCAAGUAAAGAGCCUGCCGGUUGCGGUUAAAUCAGUUCCCUCUGAAACCGUGAAAGAAGUUGAAAAAGAAAAGACUACGUUGGAGCAGAAACCAACAACAAGUGAUGCUCUAUCAACUACCUCCGAAUCCAAAUCAGUGAAGAUUGAAAACUCUCAGGCUAAAUCUGCAGAACCGAGGCAAGAUACAGCUACUUCUCAACCAAGGCCAGUGAUUGUUGAAGCUCCGGUAAUGAAAUCAAAUGAGAAUAAGCUACAAGACCUUGAAGAUAAAAUAGAAACAACUAAAGCUGUCAAGGUAGAAACCAAACAACAAGCUAAGGACGAUGAUGAUUCGAAAGAGGACAACUCGAGCGAAGAGUCACCUAAGGACACCGUUAGGGUAGUCUCGGAUGAAACUCCAGAAGACGCUGUAAAAGAAUCAAAGGCAGAAAUGAUCAAGGAUGAAAAAGAAACCAAAAUGCAAACUGAUGACGCACUAAAAGAAACCGUGGUGCCAGUGGUAACUGAAGGAAUGAAGCAAGGAGCUAAGAGCGUAGAAGAUGAAACUGUGAUUCCUAUCGUGGAGGAUCUUCCAAAUAAGAAGCAAAGUGUUGAGGCGGAACCAACAUACAGAAUGAUUCCCGUUACUGUUGUGAUUGAAAAACCUAAAGUGAAGGAAAUUACUAUCAGGACAGUUGCGCCUGUCGAGAAAAAAGAAGAAGAAAAGCCUGUCGAGAAAAAAGAAGAAGCAAAGGUGAUUGAACCAGAAUCAGGUGCUGAAAAAUCAGUAGAGAGCGAGAUGCCUAAGGAAACUAUUGCUAAAGUAGAUGUGUCUGCGUCUCCCGUUGCAGAUGCAGAUUCCGUCACACCUGAAGAAGAGUUACCAUUAGUAAAAGCAAUUGAUCCAAUAACUGUCAAGGCCGAUGUUCAAGAACUUACAGUCACAGAAGAACAAAAAGAAGACACUCCUGCUACUAGAACCGUAGAUCCGAUCAAGGAUACAGUUGAACCAGUUACAGUAGAAGUCUCUGCCGUAAAUGUUGCGGAAGAAUCACUUAAGGCAGUGGAAGAACCUGUGCCCGUAGCUGAACCCUCACCAGCUGUAGAACCUGAAGAAGUAGUUCAGCAAGAUGCUGCUGCUGCCGAUGAACCAGCCAAAGAGGCAGAGCUGAAAUCAGUGGAACCCAUGAUGGAUGAAGGGAGUUCAACUAAAGCAGCUGUCACAGAAAGCGAAACUGCGGAGAAAAAAGUUGAAGAUUCGAGUAUCAGUAGUAGUACAACCACUAAGGCGUUAGAGGAUGUGACUAGCACUAGCGAAGUGAUGGAGAAAGUUGAAGAAGCCGCUGCAAAGGAAGUGGAAGCUUCGACAACGACGACAACGACCACCACGACCCCUGCCCCUGUGAAGACGGAGGGCAAAAAAGGAAAGAAGAAGUUGCCAGGUUCGAACAAUAAACAGAAUACAAUCUAAUAUUCGAGGGUACAGCAAGCGUCUGCAACAGGACCAGAAGAAAUCACAGUGAAAAGAGGAAGGAUUUCUUCCCAACUAGAAGAGCUGCCAAUUGAGCAAAGUAGAUUGCUACUUUACCGUAAGAGUGUACGUGAAACCUGUGGACAGGUUGAAUUCACGUUACGAUAUUUUUAAUUAAAACAUCCUAGAGUAGGGUGUCACGUCAAUUCAUCGUACAAAGGCUUUGCUUCGUCAUCUACAGAAAAAAUUUACCGAAGAAAAUUUACUAAAUAGGUUGCAUAGCUAGAUUUCGAUCUACAGUAACAUUUUUGAAUAGCUUCAAUUACGAAGAAUUGGUGCAACACCCUGCUAGAUAUAGGAGAGUGCGAUUGACUCGUUCGUAGCCAUGAGUGUAAUCAUGAUGUCUUGUCAAGAAAUAAAUUUACCGAAUCGAUCAUUUUGUCCAGUGUUGUAACAUUACGCUUGCAGUAGGCUAAGUUAAAUAUAAUAUUUAAACAAA